AUGAAUGUAAGAAAAAGCAUCUUAAAUUAUUUAAUUCUGCAUAGCAGUAUCGUCCGGAGGAACCAUAACAAGAGCUAUCAAAAGGAAUGCAGGCAGAGCGGCAGCCUCAACUGGAUGGAAAAAAACAGAAAAAUGAAAAGCGUGAGACCCAAUUAUUUUGUGUGCAUCCCCCUGUCAGGCAACAAGGGGUUAGUGGAAGAAUUGAUCAAAGUGCAAAAUCACGUGGCUUCGAAAUUCGAAAUGCUCAAAGAAUGUGCAAUUGAGAGAAACAAGUUUCACAUAUCUCUCCUCAUUUUACACGUGAAGAAAUCCCAAAUGGUGGCCUCCAAGGAGGCCUUCCGCGAAGCCAUAGAGGAAAUUAAAAAACUCAACCAUCAAGCUAUUUCGUUCGAUACACUGGAAACGUUUCGAAACGACGUUUUGUAUGCAGGGCUGAAGGAGGACAGCCGGAAGUACGUAGUCAAUAUGAUAGCUCUCCUGAGGGACGCCUUCACCAAGAGGGACAUACAUAUCUUCAGCAAUCACAAGGGUAAGGAGGAGGCCCGGGAGAAGACACGUCCUAGCGGCGCAAUCGACAAGGGUAUAGGCAAUCGGACCGACAAAGGUGCAGCCGUACCCAGCACAUACCAAUGCAGCGAGAAAGAACAAAUAACCCCCCACGUGACCAUCAUGAAAAACUCCUACCUGAGAAAAAUAUACGCCAACAGGAAGCCCCAAAUUUUCGCCGACUAUUACGCCGACUUCAACUUGUCCAAACUGCAAACUGAGCGGGUCGUUCCCAACAAAAUACAGUUCCUCGAAAUGGACACAGACUCGGCAACGUCGUACUAUAGAGUCAUCGAUGAAUGUGGCCUUCCUUGA